UUGAGGCAGCAGCUUGGAAGGAAGGAAGGAAGGAGCGAGGGAGGGACGGGAACAGUAGGAGGAGCAGCAGCGAGCUGGGCUGCAGCGGCGGCGGGAGGAGUGGUCCCAGAGAGGCCACGUUUUGUUUCUGUUAUUUUUCACCGGCAUAGUUCUCCCAGGCUCUUCCCUGGGCCCGGGCGCGCCGCAGCCCGGCGGCCCCGACCUCCAGGUGACAGCCGGUCACCCUGCUAGGAGUCAGCUCCGCCCCGAGUGCCCCUCCCGCCACAGCCCCAGUCCCCGCCCAGCCUCGGUGUCUCCCCGAGGCGAGGCGCGGCCGCAGCGGGCUGCAGCGCUCUGGCGGGCGGCGGCGGCGGCGGCGGCGGCGGCGGCGGGGACCCUCGGCCGGUGCUCGGUCCCGGCGGGCCCGGAAGGGGAAGGGGUAGCGCGGCCGAGGCGCGAGCGCGAGAGCGGAGAAUGCCCGGGUAGCCUUCCUUCGCGCCCGCUGCUGGGCACUCGCCCCGCCGCCUGCAGCCCGAGCCUCUGACCCGCCCGGGGCAGCGCUGCCCGGGCAGGGCCGCUGACGCGCGGGGUCUCGGCGCGCCGAGGCCAGUGCGGAACCGGAGCAGUAGUUGGCACAGUUUCGGCGGCGCCUGCAGAGGGUGCAUCGGGGGCGAGGCGCGCCUGGCGGGCCACCACGGUGCCCUGGCGAGGCAGGCUAUGGAGCCGCCCAGCUGCAUUCAGGAUGAGCCCUUCCUGCACCCCCUGGAGCCCGAGUCGGGCGCCCCAGCGCACGCUGGGCUCGGGAAGCCGGGCGACAAGAGGUUCCGGCUGUGUUACGUGGGAGGGUCCUGCCUGGACCGCAGGACCACGCUGCCCAUGCUGCCCUGGCUCAUGGCCGAGAUCCGCAGGCGCAGCCAGAAGCCUGAGGCGGGCGGCUGCGGGGCGCCGGCAGCGCGCGAGGUCCUCCUGGUGCUCAGCGCGCCCUUUCUGCGCUGCGUCCCCGCGCCAGGGUCCGGGGGCACGGGAGGCGCUGGCCCCGCGGCCACGCAGCCCAACCCGGCCGUCUUCAUCUUCGAGCACAAGGCUCAACACAUCUCGCGCUUCAUCCACAACAGCCAGGACCUCACCUACUUUGCCUACCUGAUCAAAGCGCAGCCCGACGAUCCCGAGUCGCAGAUGGCCUGCCACGUUUUCCGCGCCACAGACCCAAACCAGGUUCCCGAUGUCAUCAGUAGCAUAAGGCAAUUAUCCAAAGCCGCCAUGAAAGAGGAUGCCAAACCCAGCAAAGACAACGAGGACGCCUUUUACAACUCUCAGAAGUUCGAAGUCUUGUACUGCGGAAAGGUGACGGUGACCCACAAGAAGGCGCCGUCCAGCCUCAUCGACGACUGCAUCGAGAAGUUCAGCCUGCACGAACAGCAGCGCCUGCGGCUGCAGGGCGAGCGGGCCUCGGACCCCGGCGGCGAGGAGCUGGUCCCGGAGGGCGAGGCGCUGGGGUCCCCGGGGGACAGCCUGCCCGAGGAGGAGGAAGAGGACGGGGAGGGGGCGGAGGACGGCCGCCCUGCCCCGCAGGGCCUGCCCGGCCAGCCGGGGCCCGCCGGCGCCCGCGUGUGCGUGCCCGAGCGCAUCGUGGAGGACUGCGGCGGUGCCGAGCAGCAGAGGUUCCGGUCCCGGUGCAGCAGCGUGGCCGGGGCCCUGCAGAGGAGGGUGCACGACGGCAGCCAGAAGCCUCAGGCGCGCCGCAGACACGCCAGCGCCCCGAGUCACGUGCAGCCGUCGGACGCCGAGCAGAACAGAACCAUGCUCUUCCAGGUUGGGCGAUUUGAGAUUAACCUUAUCAGUCCAGACACUAAGUCAGUUGUGCUAGAAAAGAAUUUUAAAGAUAUCUCCUCUUGUUCUCAGGGCAUAAAGCACGUUGAUCACUUUGGUUUCAUCUGUCGGGAGUCCCCAGAGCCGGGGCUGAGCCAGUACAUUUGCUAUGUGUUCCAGUGUGCCAGCGAGUCCCUGGUCGAUGAGGUCAUGCUGACUCUGAAGCAGGCUUUCAGCACGGCUGCAGCCCUGCAGAGUGCCAAGACCCAGAUCAAGCUGUGUGAGGCCUGCCCUAUGCACUCUCUGCACAAGCUCUGUGAAAGGAUUGAAGGUCUCUACCCACCGAGAGCCAAGCUGGUAAUACAGAGGCACCUCUCGUCACUGACAGAUAAUGAGCAAGCUGACAUCUUUGAACGAGUUCAGAAAAUGAAGCCAAUCAGUGACCAGGAAGAAAAUGAACUUGUGAUUUUACAUCUGAGGCAGCUGUGUGAAGCCAAGCAGAAGACGCAUGUGCACAUCGGGGAAGGCCCAUUGACUGUUUCAAAUAAUACAGUCCCAGAAAAUGCUACAAGCAGUGGAAGGUUCAAACUUGACAUUCUGAAAAAUAAAGCAAAGAGAUCCUUAACUAGCUCCCUGGAAAAUAUCUUCUCAAGGGGAGCUAACAGAAUGAGAGGUCGGCUUGGAAGUGUGGACAGCUUUGAACGGUCUAACAGUGUUGCUUCAGAGAAGGACUACUCACCAGGGGACUCUCCACCAGGGACACCGCCAGCCUCCCCACUGUCCUCAGCAUGGCAAGUGUUCCCUGAGGAGGAUUCCGACUCCCCGCAGUUUCGCAGACGGGCACAUACGUUCAGCCACCCACCAUCAAGUUCAAAGAGAAAGCUGAACCUGCAGGACUUGAGGGCCCACGGGGUGCGCUCCCCUCUGCUAAGGCAGAGCUCCAGUGAGCAGUGCAGCCUCCUUCCAUCAGUUCGACGCAUGCACAAGGAGUAUAAUUCUUCCUCCAGUCUUCCAAGCCUCCACACUUCCUCCUCUGUCCCUUCCUUCUCUGCCCCUUCUUUCCUGAAAAGCUUUUACCAGAAUUCAGGUAGACUGUCCCCACAGUAUGAACAUGAAAUCAGACAGGACACUGCUUCAGAAUCAAGCGAUGGAGAAGGGCGGAAACGGACCUCGUCCACCUGUAGCAACGAGUCCCUAAAUGCCGGGGGAACACCUGUCACUCCUCGCAGAAUCUCCUGGCGGCAGCGCAUCUUCCUGCGGGUUGCAUCUCCCAUGAAUAAGUCUCCCUCAGCAAUGCAGCACCAAGAUGGACUGGACAGCAAUGAGCUUUUGCCACUGUCCCCUCUGGCUCCCACCAUGGAGGAGGAACCGCUGGUUAUAUUCUUGUCUAGUGAUGAUGACUCAGAAAAAGUUGAAGAAAAAAAGAAAUCAAAAGAACUAAAGAGUUUGUGGAAAAAAGCAAUACAUCAACAAAUCUUGUUGCUUCGAAUGGAAAAAGAAAACCAGAAACUUGAAGCAAGACGAGAUGAACUCCAGUCCAGGAAAGUGAAGUUAGACUAUGAAGAGGUUGGAGUGUGUCAGAAGGAGGUCUUGAUAACAUGGGAUAAGAAGCUGCUAAACUGCAGAGCAAAAAUCAGAUGUGAUAUGGAAGAUAUGCAUAGUGUUCUGAAAGAAGGAGUUCCCAAAAGUCGGCGAGGAGAGAUUUGGCAGUUCCUAGCUUUACAGUACCGUCUGAGGCACAGACUGCCUAAUAAACACCAGCCUCCUGACACAUCCUACAAGGAACUUUUAAAGCAGCUCACUGCUCAGCAGCAUGCAAUUCUUGUGGAUUUAGGAAGGACGUUUCCUACUCACCCUUACUUUUCAGUACAACUUGGGGCAGGGCAGCUGUCUCUCUUUAACCUUUUGAAAGCAUAUUCUUUGCUGGACAAAGAGGUGGGCUACUGUCAGGGGAUCAGCUUUGUGGCUGGAGUCCUGCUUCUGCAUAUGAGUGAAGAGCAAGCCUUUGAAAUGCUGAAAUUCCUCAUGUAUGACCUAGGUUUCCGCAAGCAGUACAGGCCGGACAUGACGUCCCUUCAGAUUCAGAUGUACCAGCUGUCCCGGCUGCUCCAUGACUACCACAGAGAGCUCUACAAUCAUCUCGAAGAAAAUGAAAUCAGCCCCAGUCUUUAUGCUGCUCCUUGGUUCCUCACAUUGUUUGCCUCUCAGUUUCCAUUAGGAUUUGUAGCCAGAGUUUUUGAUAUCAUUUUUCUUCAGGGAACUGAAGUCAUAUUUAAGGUUGCACUGAGCCUCCUAAGCAGCCAAGAGACACUUAUAAUGGAGUGUGAAAACUUUGAGAACAUUGUUGAAUUCUUAAAAAGCAAACUACCUGAUAUGAAUACUUCUGAAACGGAAAAAAUUAUUAACCAGGUUUUUGAGAUGGAUAUUUCUAAACAGUUACAUGCCUAUGAGGUAGAAUACCAUGUGCUGCAGGAUGAGCUCCAGGAAUCUUCAUAUGCCUGUGAGGAUAAUGAAUCUUUGGAGAAGCUGGAGAGGGCCAACAGCCAACUGAAACGACAGAACAUGGACCUCUUAGAAAAAUUACAGGUGGCUCAUGCUAAGAUCCAGGCCCUGGAAUCAAAUCUGGAAAAUCUUUUGACCAGAGAGACCAAAAUGAAGACUUUAAUCCGGACCCUGGAACAGGAGAAAGCGGUUUAUCAAAAGACAGUGGAACAAAUCCGGAAGCUUCUGCCAGCAGAUGCCCUGGCUAAUUGUGAAUCACUGCUGAGAGAAUUGAACUGCAACCCUAACAACAAAGCCAAGACCGGAAAUAAGCCAUAAUUCAAGAUGUGUGUUGCAGCAGAAAGUGCUCCUUAAAACCCCAUGGGGGAAGGACCUGUGCACUGCUGGCCCCUGCAGGACGCCCAGGUUGGAGGAACCACCUACCACCUGUGCUGCUCUCAUUAGAGCAUGCCAGUCCUAAGCCAUUGUACAGACACAGACUGAGUUUUCUUGUUGCCAACUAUGUACAUAUAUAUAAAAUAGACAUAAAAAAGAUCAUGCUUUCAAAUAAAAUGAGUAGACGUAUAUUUAGAGAGCAAUAUUUUUAAGUCUGACCUUCAUGAAAUCCACACCCAAGGGAAGUUCAGUUGGAACUCUCCUUGGGCAUAUGUGACAUCUGUUUGUCUUUAUAGUGAAAUAAAGCUAGAGCAUCUUUGUAUAUUGAGAUAUACUUGAAAAAAAUGAAUGUAUUUUUUUCUCCAAAGAGCAGCAUGUUUCACUCAAUGGUGUAAAGGUGGAACCAUUUAUGUUACUUUAUGUGUAUCUGUCCUCAGUUCUACUGACAUUGUCUACAUGAGGAAAAUGGUUGCUAAUCAUGCUCCUGUAAGUUUUAUACAAAGGUGGAGGCUUUUUCCCCCAUCCUGCUUUGUGCCAAUUAGCAUGGUUCAUGUGCAAGUGAGUCUAAUUAGGCUUCGCUUAAGAAAUACAUGAGGAGAAAGCAAGAAUUGUGGACAAGUCUCCCCAGCUCAAGGUAAAGAAAAAGAAGAGGAUUGCUAAUUUUAUAGCAAAUGAGACCAGCAUUGUUAGAAAAUAACAGGCCUUGAAAAUACGAUUUAGAACCGUGAUGAUGAACCUUUUUGAGCUUUCAGUGUUGGAAACAGUGUUGGAAAGCCUGAUGUGGCAUGCGUGCCAUAGGUUCGCCACCACUGAUUUAGGACUGAAAUUGUUCGGAUUAUUCUCUGCCAUUUUACUUAAAUGACUUACACAGCAGUGAACAGCAGUUACCAAGUGAUAAGGUUUAGCCAUUUUUCCCACCAGACUGUGAGAUUUUCUCAAUUUAAUUUUCUCUCCCAUCAAUUGUAAUGAAAUACAAUUAUGAUUGAUUUUUCCAAUGAUGACUUACUGUGUUGAGAUCUUCUUGGCCACUUGAGAGACUCUAAUAAGCACUUAACCAUUUUCCCCUUUCACUUGGAAAUUUAGAACUGCAAAACACUUAGGAACAAACCAUUGAGAUCAAUGGGGACAGAAGAGUAAAGUCACAUCAACUCAACAAAAAUCCUGCAGUUCUGCAUUUGGGCUCCCAACUUCUGCCACCUAUAACAGCUUAGCAGAGGACAUUCAAGUACGCUGGCUAUGUGGAAAGACAGUCACUUUCAAACAGCACCUGCAGUUAUCCCUAUCAUAGAUGAUUUUACAGUAGUGCCUCUGAAAAUUGAUGUAGCAUUUUUGCCUUUCCUAUCAGUAUUUAUCGUCACUGCUCUUUUGCAGUCUCUGUAUUUCCAUAGAUGGGUUAUUUGGGAUAAUUUUCUUCAAGGAGAGUUUGUUGUGUACAAGCUGAAAUUUAUUAUAGAGCGCACAAAUAAAGGUUUCAGGAAAUCUUGAUGAGCAGAUGAAAAACAUCUGAAACCCCUUCAGUAUGAAUGUAUGUAAUGACUUACUACAGAGCAGCAUGCCCUUAAAUCAGGCGGUUUCGUAAGUGACAAUAAAAUCUUACUAACAAGUAAACUUACUGUAACUUCUAGGUUCUAGAGACUGUUGAUUUUAGGUGCCCCAUUUAGUUGAGGGCCAUUAAUUGAUCUGUUGCUUGGGUUCCUUCGGAUUUUUGUUAUUUGUAGGAGUUUUUUUUCCUCCCUAACAGGAAUAUGACAGAUACCAUCUUUUUGCUGUUAAUUGAUAAAAAUUGCCUUACGGAUGUGAUAUGCAGUUGAGAGCCAAGGAACCUUUUAGUUGGGGAAGGAAAUCUUUUCUGUUAUUCAAUCUAAAGUAAACUUUAUUCUGGAAGUUUAGGCAACAUUAUUAGUUGUAUUAUGGUAUUUAUAGGUGACUUGCAUACAACAUUUUCUGUUGAAAAUGAUUUUUUCAUUCAUGAUUUUUUAAAAAAUGUUGUACCAGUUAUGCUUCAUGCAUUUUACAUCUUCAUCAGGUUAAUUGUACUGUCAUUUCCAAUAAAUACAUUGUUGCAAUUUC